CAAAAUACAAAAAACAUUUAAUAAACGUUAGUUAAAAUAUAAGUUAUGUUUUUCAAUGAUGUAGUUAUAGUCGAGCCAACUAUGUUUUCUGUCUAGAUCCGCUACAUAUUAUUACGCAUCUAGUGUCAGGAUUAUUAUUAUUUUUUUUUUCCAGUGCCACAUUUCUUAGAUAUCAAAAAAUAAUUGUGGGUAAGAAAUUAAGGAAUCAAAAUGUUUCUGCGCAAAGAUCACUCCAUAAAUACCCCAUGAAAAUUGCUCAAUAUCCAUCAUCACCACCCACACACACACACACCCUACACUUGUUGCCAAACACAGGCAGCAACAAUGGAGGCUUCUUCUUCCACUUUCCUCUCUCCAUUCUCGCAAAACUCCCAAUUCACCACUUUCAUAGCUCCAUCUUCAUCCUCAAAUGUCCCCCUCCUACGCGUUUAUUCUGUCAGAAUUGAAGACAAACCUCAAACCACCACCUCCACCACUAGAAAGUCACCAUCGCCGCCAACGCCGCGGCCUCUGAAAAAGAAGGAAAACCGGCCAUCACCAUCAUCAUCAUCUCCGAUUAGAACUCAGAAAACCGCCGGGAAAGCCCAAAGCCCAGUAAUUACCAGGCCAUCAUCAUCUUCAAGAAAGCCAGUUGAGCCAACAUUACCCACAAUUAUAUUCAAUGCUCUGGACGAUUUCAUCAACACCUUCAUUGAUCCUCCCGUCCGGCCAUCCGUCGAUCCCAAAUACGUGCUGUCCAGCAACUUUGCGCCGGUGGAAGAGCUACCUCCGACGGAAUGCUCCGUCGUGGAAGGCACCCUUCCGGCCUGCCUCGACGGCGCGUACUUCCGAAACGGACCCAACCCGCAAUUCCUCCCCCGGGGACCUUACCACUUGUUCGACGGCGACGGAAUGCUUCAUGCCGUGAGAAUCUCCAAAGGGAAAGCCACGCUCUGUAGCCGUUAUGUGAAAACCUACAAAUACAUGACAGAGAAAAAAACAGGGUCCCCUGUUAUCCCCAACGUUUUCUCCGGUUUCAACGGGCUCACCGCCUCGGCGGCGCGUGGGGCACUCGCCGCCGCAAGAAUGGUGACCGGCCAAUUCAACGUCGCAAACGGGUUCGGGUUAGCAAACACCAGCUUAGCUCUGUUUGCGGGAAAGCUUUACGCAAUGGGCGAAUCGGAUCUUCCUUACGAAGUGAAAUUGGAUCCGAUUACCGGCGAUAUCAUCACCGUGGGCCGGAAUGAUUUCGAUGGGAAGCUCACCAUGAGCAUGACGGCCCAUCCCAAAAUCGAUCCGGACACAAAAGAAGCUUUCGGGUUCCGAUACGGGCCCAUCCCGCCAUUCGUAACCUUCUUCCGGAUCAACCCGGACGGAACAAAGCAACCCGAUGUUCCGAUUUUAUCCGCCAGACCAUCUUUCUUGCAUGAUUUCGCAAUCACUAAGAAAUACGCGAUUUUCCCCGACAUACAAAUCGGGAUGAACCCUUUGGAAAUGAUGGCCGGAGGAUCGCCGGUGGGCGCGGAUCCCGGAAAAGUUCCCCGGCUGGGAGUGAUUCCGAGGUAUGCGACGGAUGAACGGGAUAUGAGGUGGUUUGAGGUUCCGGGUCUGAACUUCAUUCACGCGAUCAAUGCUUGGGACGAAGACGACGGCGAGACGAUCGUGAUCGUGGCUCCGAACAUAUUGUCGGUGGAACAUACGUUGGAGCGCAUGGAUUUGAUUCAUGCAUCCGUCGAGAAAAUUAAGAUUGAUCUGAAAACCGGGAUGGUUUCCAGACAUCCGGUUUCCACCCGGAAUUUGGAUUUUGGAGUCGUUAACCCGGCUUACGUCGGCAAGAAAAACAAGUAUGCAUAUGCUGCCAUUGGAGACCCUAUGCCAAAGAUCUGCGGAAUCGUAAAACUAGACGUAUCGGUUUCGGAAGGCGACCGCCGCGACUGUAUCGUGGCGAGCCGACUGUACGGACCGGGUUGCUACGGAGGCGAACCAUUUUUCGUUGCAAAAGACCCCGAAAACCCUAACGCAGAGGAAGAUGAUGGAUACGUUGUGUCCUAUGUUCAUGAUGAAAAUAAAGGGGAAUCAAGAUUCUUGGUGAUGGAUGCUAAAUCACCUAAUCUUGACAUUGUGGCCGCUGUGAAAUUACCACAAAGGGUUCCGUAUGGUUUCCAUGGCCUAUUUGUGAGUGAAAGGGACCUCAAUAAAUUGUGAAAACCAGUAGAAUUUAAUUAUUUCAAGUGGGGAUGGGGACUAAUAAAACACUACACUAAAUAUCAUGAAGAAAUAUCACAAGAUGUAGUGGGGGGGGAACUUAGUGCGGGACCGGAGUGGAGGACUAUCAUUGUUUUCAGUCACUGGUAUAUAUUACUACGUGGGUGUUGAUGUAAUUUUGUAAAUAAUAAUUAAUUAAUUAGUUAGUUAAUGAAUUACGGUGUGAAAUGAAAAUAGAUAAUAUAAAAAGUUGUAUAAUUACAUUGGAUUUUUGAAUGAAAUAUACACACACACGAGAGCUUCAUUAUGUCUUUCUCUUUUGUGAGUAUAUAGGAUGAAUACCAUCAUUGCUAUCUCAUUUAUCAUGCACCAUUCUAUCUUUUAAUUUAUAGGUACAUGUCAUUUAUUUUGUGUUUCAUUGCAGGGUUUUGACGUACUUACUACUUACUUGGUGGAAGGCGUUAUAGUAAAUCCAUAUAAUUUUGAUUUAUUAAUUUACUCGUAGUACAAAUAUAAAUAUUAUAGUUUUUACCCAUUAUGAGAAAAGAGUUUUAUCUCAAUUUAUUAAUUAAUUUACUCAUAGUACUAUUUUCUUGAGACAUAGUAGAUAACUUAAGAAAUAGGAUAGAAAGGCAUUUGUUAUGAAGGUGCAAUAUCUUUUUUUUUUUUUUUUGGUUCAUUUUACUAUAUUAUGGAGGAACCAAUAGAGUAAACUUUAUCCCCC